AUGGGAGCGCAACCGGAUGUCUCUCAUACCGGACACGGGGCAGAAGGUGCCGAAGAGAAACCUCCGGGCUCAAGCGUGUCGUCCCUAGGUCGCGUUUCCAGUUACGCUCCUGCCGCCGAGAAACAGGAUCACGAUGGAUCCAACCAGACGUCGACGGAAUCCAAUGCCCUGACACACGCACCCUCUCGAGGACCAGCCGGCCCCGCCGUCGGAGCCCCUGAUGGCCAUGUGGCGAACGAAGGAGAGGAGUCUUCCGAGCCCCCUUUGCCUUACUCAAAGGCCAGAUGUAUCGGGCUGGUGAUUACAACAUCUGGUGCGGCCUUCCAAAACAUACUCUCGUUCCAAGCAGCCGUCAUCAUCCUGCCACUCAUAGGCCGCGACCUGGGGAUUCCGGAUGCAAGACUGCAAUGGGUUGUCUCCUCCUAUGCCCUUUCCUUCGGUUGCUUUCUGCUUCUUUGGGGCCGCAUUGCCGAUCUGUACGGAAAGAAGCGCGUCUUUGUUCUUGGCUCCGCCUGGGUCACCAUCACCACGGCUCUGUGUCCUCUGAUUAGGAACGAGAUUGGAUUCGACCUGUUCAGGGGCCUUCAGGGACUGGGCGCCGCCGCCAACGUCCCGACCGCCCUUGGCAUACUAGGAACGACAUUUGCCCCUGGAAAAGCCAAGACAUAUGCAUUUAGUGCCUAUGGUGCGGGUGCCCCGCUAGGAAGUAUCUUUGGGACCAUAAUUGCUGGCUUCAUCACCACCAGCUUGUCUUGGCCGUGGGUGUUCGGGGUGAUGGCCAUAAUCUCAGGUGUCAUAACAGUCGCCGGAGCACUGAUCAUCCCCGCCGACAAGCCCGCGCCAAGGGAGUCGCAACCGGAUUCCAAGGCAACGGUCGACUGGAUCGGGGCUUUCCUGGUCACAGUCGGACUAUUUGCCCUCCUCUUUGCCCUCACCGACGGCAACGUUGUGGGGUGGAGUACGCCGUGGAUCCCGGCUCUCAUCAUCGUCUCUGUUGCCAUGGUCGUCGCCUUCGUCUACUGGCAGCAUCGCCUUGAAUCACGGGGUAACCGCGCUCCUCUGAUGAAGGUGUCGAUGUUCCGCAAGAGCAAGAAGUUCAGUGCAGCCAUGAUCCUCAUGACCUUGUUCUUCUCCUCCUUCAAUGGAUUCCUCGUCUACGCCACAUACUUCUACCAGAGCUACCAAGGGCUCGGAACCCUUGACACGACUCUUCGGUUCCUGCCUACAGGCGUUGCUGGUUUGCUGACGGCCUUGGCCGCCUCCCAGCUUCUGCUUUACGUGCCCACAUGGAUCAUCCUGCUCGGCGGAAACGCCUGCGUCGCGAUAGCGAAUCUGAUAUUCGCCAUCCCGAUCGACCCGAACACCAAUUAUUUCGCCACUGGCAUGAUAGCCAUGUCGCUCAGCGUUAUUGGGUCUGACACGACAUGGCCCAGUCUAACGCUCUUUACGUCUUACUGCUUGCCUCCAGAGGAUCAAGCACUCGGCGGCGCGCUUGUCAACGCCGUUGGCCAGGUCGGCCGUGCUGUUGGGCUCGCCAUCGCCACGGCAGUGCAGAUGUCGGUCAUGGCCAACGGCAGAGGAAAGGGAAUCCAGGAGGUUGGGCCGGUCACUCAAGAUCAGCCCUCCCUAGACGGCUUGCGAGCGGGGUUCUGGUUCAACUUCGCCAUUGGGCUUGGCGCCGUUGUGGUCGCUGCUGUCGCGUUCCGCGGCUCGGGCAUCAUCGGAAAGCCUAAGCCAAAGGAGUCACAGACCGCAGCUGCGCCAUCGGUCGCGUCAUCUACUGUCUGA